AUGCGUUUCACUUCUAUUCUCCUCGCUUUACCUUUUGUAGCUACUGCUUUCUCUGCUCCUACUCCUAAAGCCGAAGAAUCUUUAGUGAAGAAAGAUACUCAAGUCGAUGUUGUCGCUGCUGUUCAAGCUGUCGUCGAAGUUGUCUCUGGUUGUGGAUCUUUAAUCGGAGUGACGGACGUUACUGCCGUCGUAGAAGUUUUCACUAAAAUUCACGUCGCUUUGGGACAAUGUGGAGAUCUUCUCAACGUUAACGUUGGUCUUGCUGCUGAUCUUGGUAUCUCUCUCAAGAGAGAUGACAUUCCUUCUGAAGUCGCUGGACUCCUCGCCACCGUUGUCAAAGACGUCGACGGUCUUAUCAAACAAGUUGACACUUCUAUCCUUCCUGAAGUGCAAGACAUCAUCGGUCAAGUCGACACUGCUCUCGCCACCGUCCUCUUCGCCGUCGAAGUCCUCCUUGCUGGUGUCCUUCAACUCGUCAAGAACCUUCUCGGUGACCUCGGUCUUAGCGGUCUUCUCGCUGGUGUCACAGGUCUUCUCGGAUCUCUCGUCGGAGGUCUCGUCCCUGGUCUCGCUGGUCUCCUCGGCGGUCUGCUUGGUGGACUCGGCUUGUAA